CUGACAACUUCGCAAUUUUUUGUCCGCAUUCUUUCGGCUUGCAAUCUUUCGCUGGUCCAACAAUAAUUUAGUGACUUUUUUAUUUACGUAGCAGUCGGAAACGUCAAUCAUAAAAUAAAAAGACUACAUUACAGCCCAUCACAACACACAUUUAGGACUUCUACAAUCAUCAAACGAGCGAAAAAGAGUAAAGAAGGCGUGCACCCCUCCCCCGCCAUUAAAAUUCCCCCUCGCGGGUAAUCAACAUUAUUCCUGAUUGGUUCUUUAUGUUCGGCUUUGGUUUCAACUUUGACGGCGGCAAGUUGGCCAGACUGUCGGAAAAUCGAGGCUGUAAACAGGUGUUUUUCAAACGAAAUGAGGUAGCAGAGGGGAGUUAAGCUGAAAUUUACUGAAACAACACAGCGAGACGGCAGAAUUUUGUUCACACGGAUUGUACCUCGGUAGUCGAAAGCAGCGGACCAUUGAGUUUGUUUACAUGUCAAGUGUGCCGGUCGUCAGCCGUCAGUGAAAUCAGUGCCUUCUUGAUCCAAUGUGUGUGAAAAUAUGCCGUUUGUGUUUAGUUUCUUCAACGCCAGUUUGAUGUUUCCUGAAAAAUGAAAUGUGAGGUUAGGAACAAGUAAAGCUAGAGGAUGCCUCAUCAGUAUGGCUUGCCGGGCAUUGCCCACGCUCAGUCACCUCCAACUCCUCCUCCUCAGCAUGGAGCGAUGUACCCCCGUUUUUCGGGGGCCGUUGUACCGGGGGGCUACCGCGGGGAAGACAAGCGCCUUACUAGGGAGGCCAUGGAAAGAUACCUCAGGGAAAGAUCAGACAUGGUCAUCAUCAUAUUGCAUGCUAAAGUCGCUCAGAAGUCUUAUGGCAACGAAAAGAGGUUUUUCUGCCCUCCUCCAUGUAUUUAUCUUUUUGGAGAUGGUUGGCGGCUACGGCAGGAACAGAUGCUUCGAGAAGGUGAAUCUGAACAAGCAUCACAACUCUGUGCGUUUAUUGGUAUAGGAAACUCUGACCAGGAUAUGCAGCAACUGGACUUGAACAAUGGCAAACAAUACUGUGCAGCAAAGACUCUUUACAUAUCAGACUCUGAUAAACGUAAGCACUUCAUGCUGAGUGUGAAAAUGUUCUAUGGUUCUGGCCAUGAUAUUGGUGUGUUUCACAGCAAACGGAUCAAAGUGAUUUCAAAACCGUCCAAGAAAAAGCAGAGUUUGAAGAAUGCUGAUCUGUGUAUAGCAAGUGGUACAAAAGUAGCUCUGUUCAAUAGGUUAAGAUCACAGACUGUGUCAACAAGAUAUUUACAUGUGGAAAAUGGACAUUUUCAUGCUAGUUCUACUCAGUGGGGUGCCUUCACAAUUCAUCUGCUUGAUGAUAAUGAGUCUGAAAGUGAAGAGUUCCAAGUUAGGGAUGGAUAUAUUCACUAUGGAUCUACAGUUAAGCUAGUCUGCUCUGUCACAGGAAUGGCCCUUCCUCGGCUCAUAAUCAGGAAGGUGGACAAACAGCAAGCGCUUCUAGAAGCUGAUGAUCCAGUUUCUCAGCUUCACAAGUGUGCCUUCUAUAUGAAGGAUACAGAACGGAUGUACCUUUGCCUUAGUCAAGAGAGAAUCAUCCAGUUUCAAGCUACACCCUGUCCUAAGGAACCAAAUAAGGAGAUGAUCAAUGACGGAGCAUGUUGGACAAUCAUCUCCACAGACAAGGCUGAGUACCAGUUUUAUGAAGGUAUGGGACCAGUGAGGAACCCAGUGACUCCAGUGCCAGUGGUGCAUAGUUUACAUUUAAAUGGAGGGGGAGACGUGGCAAUGUUGGAAUUGACUGGUGACAACUUUUCACCAUCUCUGCAAGUUUGGUUUGGAGAUGUAGAAGCAGAGACCAUGUAUAGAUGUCAAGAAAGCAUGCUCUGCGUAGUACCAGACAUCUCCCAGUUCCGCGGCGAGUGGCUAUGGGUACGUCAACCAACCCAAGUACCCGUUUCCUUGGUCCGAAACGACGGUAUCAUCUACGCCACUGGAUUGACCUUCACGUACACCCCUGAACCAGGCCCCAGGCCACACUGCCCCCCUGCGGAUGAGAUCAUGAGGCAAGGUCGUACCAGUGGUGGAAGCAGUACCACAGGGCAACAGCAUCACCAGCAGGUGGUGCAAAAUGAUGCGCAUGCGCAGCAACAGGUGUGGCAUCACCAGGCGAUGCACUAGGAAGGCAUUGGGCGCGGUGGACAUCAUCUUCAGCAGGUAUGGCUAUUCUAUAUGAUGUUCUGAGUGUUAAGUAGAUGGCGCCACCAGGUGAUGCACUAGAAAGUCGUGGAACUCGAUGGACAUCGUCUUCAGCAGGUAUGGCUUCACUAGGUGAUGUUCUAACUGUCAAGUGGAAGGCAUGACCAGGGUAUAGCUUCAGUAGGUAAUGCUCUAGGUGUUAAGUGGAAGGCGUCACCAGGGGUGGACUAUGAAGUCGUGAGACUCGGUGGAUAUCGUCUUCACGUAUAGUACCUCUAAGUGAUAGACUAGGUGCUAGAUGGGUUGCACUUUCAACAGCAAGUGUGGCCGUGGUUCUAUUACUUAUCAAAUAAAGAACUGUAUUCUUUAAUGCUUCCUUGAUAGACAUACUGUACAGUAUUUAGAAUUUCAGAUUGCAAAAUCUGAGAUCAAACAGAUGACUACAAAUGCCUUAUAAAUUUGGAAUGCAAUAAAAUCUGUUUAGUUUGUAAGUAUAGAAUUAUUCCCUCUUUCUGUGAGGGAACAUAGAAAUACAAUAUAUAUCUCAAUAUAUAUUAUGAUUUUAUUUAUUUAUUUCAACUCGAUAUAAUGAAGACUAAAUUCUCUCUAUUAGUUAUUUUUCAUUUUAUUUUGUUUAUUGUGAUAUGUCUGAGAGUUUUAGCAAGUUUUUUAAUGAUAGUGAGAGUUUGUAUAUAAAUAGUUUGUGCAAAAUAGAUUUUAUGAGACACCAAAGUACAGUUAGGUAUAAAACAUUGAGAAUGUUGAGCUUCAACUUCAUUUACAAGGUAGGUGAUAACCAUUCUGUAGUGACUCAAAGCAGUAUUUUUAUUCAUUUUAUAAAUGAUUUUACUGAUCUUUCCGGUUGAAUCUAGAAAUCUCAAUUGCAAAUUGUAAUUGUUUAAAGUUUGUAAACAAUGUAGAUGUUUCAAAACUUUCAUUUCAGACAUCCAUUGUCUAUAUAAUUCUUGAAGUCCAAAAUUGUAUAGACAUUGGAAGUUCGAAAUAAAACUUUUAAAAAUUGGUUUUCAAUCUGUAAAGGACAAUGAGUAAUUUUGGCGUCGUUUCUGUACCUUACAACCAGCGAUGAAUUUUGUUUCCCUUAUUAAGAAUGUCAAAUCAAAAAUGAAGUCCAUUCUGUUAUUUUCAAAUGAGGUUCUUUCAAAUAGUAUAUGUAUUGCUUAUAUAUUACUAUUGUUUUUGUAAGUUCAAACAAACAUGUUCUAUAAAAUGCUUUACAGCGUACAUACAGUAAAAAACAAUAGUGCAAUUAAUUCAAUUUACUUAUUGGUGGCCAGAAUGCAUUGCGAAGGCUAGGAUUCGAUCGCUCUGUAUAUCACGCCGCUAUCAGUUCUUUCCUUGCCCUACCUUGCCCGGUCAGACAUGUCAGCGCGGUGAGAGCAAAGGAAACACUAUGCAGUGGCGCGGCAGUAAUACGUGUAAUAUCGUACCAGAACAACAGAACCCCCAACAAAUCCCGCGGCAUAUAAGUUUUAAGGGCAAAAAUUAAUCUCAUUUUAGAAAUGUUUUUCUAUUCCAAUACAUAUAUAUAUAUGUAUAUAUAUAUAUAGAAAAUUGUCAACUUUAGAGAAAGGCUAAUAAGAACUUUUGUCCAGAACAACCUGAAACAAGUUUCUUUGUAUCAAUUUUAAUUUGAAAAAAAUAGUGGUAAUAUAAAGAAUUUUUGAAGCCAUUUAGGGCAUGGUAAUAAUCAUAAUGGUUUAUUGGUGUUAUUACAAAAAACGUGCUUACACAAGUCAAUAUUAUAAUUGAAGAAGCGUAGUAGCAAGAAGAAAAUAAAUGAACAAUACAUAUAAAAACAAACACUACAGACCAUACACACAUAUGUGGAGAAAAGGGUGACAAUAAAAAGUAUAAAAGAUAGAAUUAUAACAAACUACGUCUUAUCAAUAAAACUAUAAUAAAUAAUAAUAUCAUAAAACUAUAGAGACUACAUGAGGGAAGUUGUGGUUGAGGAAGUCAUCAGUGGUGAAGAAAGCUGUCGACAAGAGCAAAUUUUUCACAUUACAGAAUUUAUAAAAAAAUAUAUAUUUAUAUUCAUAUAUUUAUAAAAAAUAUUAUAAAACUUUAUGCCAUGGUACUUAAUCCCAUUUCUCGUUUUAGCAAGUCUAUGUUGCUUUGAGAACGUGUUGUCUGUGUUGGGAGUUAUAUGUAUGAAUUUUAUGGUAGCUUGGAUUUGAUUUGACGUACAUGAGGCAACUAUAUAUAUAUGCACCAGGUAAUGUCUAGAUCUUUAGUUAGAUAAACUCAAAUACUCUGUACAAAAUAAAAACAAAAAAAGUCCUUGACAAUAUUUAUCUGAGCAGAUGCGAAGAUACUUCCUGGACUAUAAUAUUUAUAUUAUAUAUAGAACACAUGUUAUGGAACUUAUGAAAGCAAAAGUGGAACAUUCAAAAUUCAGGCUGAUGUAUUGUUGACUGUGCAGGGAGUUACUACAUCACUUAUAUUCCAGAAGAAUUAGCAUUUUUAAGGUUCAAAAACUCUGAAAGGUCAGUACUAAGCGCGAUAUUUUUUGCAAAUUAUUUUGGGCCUGUGACAACAUAAACACAAAAAAGUCGAAAAUUACUCAUUUUCUUUUGCGUGCUUUGAAAAAUAAACAAAGUAUUCUGAGAGGUUAAGUGGCUUGAAGAAUACUGAAAAAACUGUAUAUCUUUUAAUGGGUUACUUUUCUCAAGUUUUUAAUAUUAUUGUUGCACUUAUGUGUAUUGUAUUGAAGUUUGUUAAUUUGGAGCGUGAUACAUGUUGUUUGAAUUUUUUUAAAUGUGUGACAACGAAUGUGCUUAACGCGAUGCCUGUAAAUAUUAUAUUUACUAUGAUUGUAUGAAGAUUGUAAUUUAUUCAUCUUUUGUAGAAAUACAAAUUUA